GGGGCCCGGCGCCUCAGUCUGGUCCCCGAAGUGGAGAUGCGCCAGCGGGCGGCCCGGGCGCGCAGCUCCUGAGAGCCCAGCCGGCACCAUGCGCCUGCGGCCGCUGCCCCUCGUCGUGGUCCCCGGCCUGCUGCAGCUGCUGUUUUGUGACAGUAAGACGGCGGUGCAUGCCACAGAUGGGCUGGACUGGGAGGACAAAGAUGCCCCGGGGACCUUGGUGGGCAACGUAAUUCACUCGAGGAUCCUCAACCCGCUGCGCCUGUUUGUCAAACAGUCCCCGGUGCCCAAGCCAGGGCACCUGGCCUACGCGGACAGUUUGGACAGCUUCUGGGACUGGCUGGCCAACAUCACGGAGGCCCAGGAGCCCUUGGCAAGAACUAAACGGAGGCCCAUAGUCAAAACGGGAAAGUUCAAGAAAAUGUUUGGCUGGGGUGACUUCCAUUCCAACAUUAAGACUGUGAAACUCAACCUGCUGAUCACGGGGAAAAUCGUGGACCACGGCAACGGAACGUUCAGUGUGUAUUUCCGACACAACUCCACGGGCCUGGGCAACGUCUCGGUGAGUUUGGUGCCCCCCUCCAAAGUGGUGGAGUUCGAAGUGUCCCCGCAGUCCUCCUUGGAGACCAAGGAGUCCAAAUCCUUCAACUGUCGCAUCGAGUACGAGAAGACAGACCGGGCCAAGAAGACGGCUCUGUGCAACUUCGACCCAUCCAAGAUCUGCUACCAGGAGCAGACGCAGAGCCACGUGUCCUGGCUGUGCUCCAAGCCCUUCAAGGUCAUUUGCAUCUACAUUGCCUUCUACAGUGUCGAUUACAAACUCGUGCAGAAGGUCUGCCCUGACUACAACUACCACAGUGAGACUCCUUACCUAUCUUCUGGCUGAGUCCUUCUCGCAGCCAUAGAAAGCGGGGGACGGUCUCUAUUUCAUUGGAAUGACCGAGAACCGAGCCAGCUCUUCGUGGUCAAGGAUCCUGUUUAUAUGGCAGUGAACCUUAGUUCCCCAAGAGGUUUACAAAUUAAAGGAAAAAAAAUAAAGAAAGAAAGAAAAUAAAAGGAAAGGAAAUGAAAGGAAA